GUUUGCGCGUAUUAAACCAACAAAACAUAAAUCCGAGAAAUUAGCAUGUCCGCCGAAGAUGACGGCGUGCAUCGCUUGGAAGGGACUAGCGGCCAGGCGCAGCGCGGUGGCUUGGUGCUUAAGAAACCCAAAGACGACGCCGCCAAAUCAAGCGGCGGCAAUUUCAAAGUGCCACAAGGCUCGCUGCUAGGCCUGGACAAGUUGGCGGCAAAGCGGCGCGCAGAGAAGUCGCGUGCAGAACGUUUGAUAUCGUUUAAGGACAAUGAGUACGAUGAUGGUGGCACGCCCUCUAGCGCACCCAACACGCCACAGGCAAGCGAGUUUGCCUUUAAGAAGCCGGAUACGAAAAGCUUUGAGAAGCUAAGCCGACAGCUGCGUGAGCACAAAGAUGAGACGCCCUCGCAUACGGGCGGUGUAUCGGAGAAGGCGCGCGAACGCUUGCGCGAGCACAUAAAACGGGAUCGUGAUCGGCACAAGGGUCAGACAACGCGCGAUGAUGCUGAUGCAUCUGGUGGGCGUCGUGAACGUGAUAGAGAUAGAGACAGGCAUAGGGAACGGCAAAGAGAUCGCGAUCGUGAGCGUGAUAGGCAGAAACGUGGCGACGAAAGACGCAAACGUGCUCGGGAACAGGAUCAGGAUAGGCAUCGAGACGGCAGACAACGCGAGCGUUCCGUGUCGGAGCGCAGCGUGCGCACACCACGCGAACCAGGCACUCCGGGUGGCAAUGGCGGCAUAUCCAAUUCAUCCUGGGAUGAUGACGAUGCUGAGGGCGGUACACGCAAAUCCGACUGGGAUUUCCCUACACCACGCAGCACGGGCAGCGGCUAUGGCACAGGCGACUGGUCUGCACGCAGUCGCAGUCAAAGUCGCCGCUCUGGCAAUGCUGAUGAUACCACACGUGCAACACCAGCGCAUCGAUAUAAUCAAUGGGCGCACGACCGCAAGCGUAGCGGUGCCACGCCCUGGACAGGCGACGCCGAGUCGCGUGAUCUGUGGGAGGAGGAGCAGAAGCGUCUGGACCGCGAAUGGUACAACAUCGAUGAGGGUUACGACGAUGAGAACAAUCCCUUUGGUGGCAGCAAUGCCGAAUACUAUAGCCGGCGCGAGGAGCAGCUGGAGCAGAAGCGCAAGAAACGCAUUAGCGCACAGCAGCGACAAAAUAAUCGCGAUAACGAGCUCUGGGAACGCAAUCGCAUGCUGACCUCUGGCGUGGUCACCUCCAUCAAUGUGAGCGAUGACUUUGACGAGGAGGCCUUGGAGCGUGUGCAUCUGCUGGUGCAUCAUAUAGUGCCGCCAUUUCUGGACGGGCGCAUAGUGUUUACCAAACAGCCGGAGCCGGUGGUGCCUGUCAAGGAUCCCACCUCUGACAUGGCACUGCUGGCGCGCAAGGGAAGCGCUCUGGUGCGCAACUAUCGCGAGCAGAAGGAACGCCGCAAGGCGCAAAAGAAACAUUGGGAGCUGGGCGGCACUAAGCUGGGCAACAUUAUGGGCGUGGAGCGACCGCAGGAUGAGGAUGAUGCCAAAUAUGACAAGGACAGCGACACGGCCGACUAUCGCAAGGAUCAAAAGUUUGCGGACCAUAUGCGCGACAUGGCGGACUCGAAGAGCGGCGGCGGCAAAAGCGAAUUCUCACGCAAGAAGACAAUUGGCGAGCAGCGGCGCUUUCUGCCCGUGUUCGCCUCACGCCAGGAGCUGCUCAAUGUCAUACGCGAGAACUCCGUGGUCAUUAUUGUGGGUGAAACGGGCAGCGGCAAGACCACACAGCUGACGCAAUAUUUGCAUGAGGAUGGCUACAGCAAACAUGGCAUGAUCGGUUGCACCCAGCCGCGUCGUGUGGCAGCCAUGUCUGUGGCCAAGCGUGUCUCCGAUGAAAUGGACACUCAAUUAGGCGAGGAUGUGGGCUAUGCGAUACGUUUCGAGGAUUGCACCUCGGAGCGCACCGUUAUCAAGUACAUGACCGAUGGUAUAUUGCUGCGUGAGAGUUUACGUGAUCCCGAUCUCGAUGGUUACUCCGCCAUUAUAAUGGACGAGGCUCAUGAGCGCUCGCUCUCCACGGAUGUGCUCUUUGGACUGCUACGCGAGAUCGUAGCACGUCGUCAUGACCUGAAGCUGAUUGUGACGUCAGCUACCAUGGACUCGACCAAGUUUGCAACUUUCUUUGGCAAUGUGCCGACCUUUACCAUACCAGGACGUACGUUUCCGGUGGAUGUAAUGUACAGCAAAAAUGCUUGCGAGGAUUAUGUGGAGUCGGCAGUGAAACAGGCGCUGCAGGUGCAUUUGACGCCCAACGAGGGUGACAUGCUGAUUUUUAUGCCCGGCCAGGAGGACAUUGAGGUUACCUGCGAGGUGCUCGAGGAGCGUCUAGGCGAGAUUGAGAAUGCCCCGGAGCUGAGCAUACUUCCCAUCUACUCACAGCUGCCAUCGGAUUUGCAGGCGAAGAUCUUUCAAAAAUCCGCUGAAGGCAUACGCAAAUGUGUGGUGGCCACCAACAUAGCAGAGACGUCGCUCACUGUUGAUGGCAUCAUCUAUGUCAUUGACUCGGGCUACUGCAAGCUGAAGGUGUAUAAUCCACGCAUCGGCAUGGACGCCUUGCAGAUUUAUCCCAUAUCCCAGGCGAAUGCCAAUCAGCGCUCAGGCCGCGCCGGACGCACAGGUCCCGGCCAGGCCUUUCGCCUCUAUACACAGCGUCAGUACAAGGACGAACUACUGGCGCUCACCGUGCCCGAGAUACAGCGCACGAAUCUGGCCAAUACAGUGCUGUUGCUCAAGUCCCUGGGCGUUGUCGAUCUGCUGCAGUUUCACUUCAUGGAUCCACCGCCCCAGGACAAUAUACUCAAUUCACUCUACCAGCUGUGGAUACUGGGCGCAUUGGAUCAUACAGGCGCACUCACUACGCUGGGACGACAAAUGGCCGAGUUUCCGCUGGAUCCACCGCAGUGCCAAAUGCUUAUAGUCGCCUGCCAGAUGGAGUGCAGCGCUGAGGUUCUUAUCAUAGUUUCCAUGCUCUCGGUGCCAUCAAUCUUCUAUAGACCCAAGGGACGCGAGGAGGAGGCCGAUGGUGUGCGUGAAAAGUUCCAAGUGCCCGAGUCGGAUCAUCUCACCUAUCUGAAUGUCUAUCUGCAGUGGAAGCAAAACAACUAUAGCUCCUCCUGGUGCAAUGAGCACUUUAUACACAUCAAGGCGAUGCGCAAGGUGCGCGAGGUGCGUCAGCAGCUCAAGGAUAUUAUGACGCAGCAGAAGAUGAAUGUGAAGAGCUGCGGCACGGACUGGGACGUGGUGCGCAAGUGCAUCUGCUCCGCUUAUUUCUACCAAGCGGCACGGCUCAAAGGCAUUGGCGAGUAUGUGAAUUUGCGCACGGGCAUGCCCUGUCAUUUGCAUCCCACCUCGGCGCUUUACGGGCUGGGCACCACGCCAGACUAUGUGGUGUACCACGAACUGAUUAUGACUGCCAAGGAGUAUAUGCAAUGUGCCACCGCUGUGGAUGGCUACUGGCUGGCCGAGCUGGGACCCAUGUUCUUUUCGGUGAAGGAAACCGGACGUAGUGGACGCGACAAGAAGAAGCUGGCUGCGGAGCAUCUAAAAGAAAUGGAGGAGCAAAUGUUGCAAGCCCAGCACGAAAUGGAGGAUCGCAAGCAGCAGGCAGCACAACGCGAAGAGCAGCUGGCCGCCAAACAAGAGAUUGCUACACCUGGCAAUGCCACGCCCAGGCGCACGCCCGCACGCAUUGGCCUCUAAAAACUGUAUUUAAUUCUUUAGUUUGAAUUUCAAUCCUUUUUAUUUUUUUGUAGCCAGCUUCAUGUAUGGUUGCAUUUUUUUUAUUAUAUGU